GGUCAGGCCACUCCCUCUCACACAGGAAGUGAAAUCUGUAACCGCAACAGAAGUGCAGAAGAUAAAAAUCUCCUGUGUGGACCUUUUGGGUCAUUUGAAACUCACGGACGUUUCGACUGCUGCCAAAACAAGGACUGCUGGGUAAUGGCUCCCCUCAGGGUUUUCCUCUCUCUCGCCGUCUGUCUCCUGCUGGGUCAUCAAGCAUUUGCUAAGAACGAUGCUCCCUGCCAGCGCUCCAAAUGGAACAAUGGCUAUGCGACCUUCCUCAAACGCCACAUUCCCCCUGGCACUCCCACCUCUCUCGACCAGAACCAAUGGAUGAAUUACAUCAAACAAAAUACGGGCUGCAACAGACCCACCCAGUCCUUCAUCAGUCCAGAAGACCUGGACAAGGUGAAGGAUGUGUGCAAGAGCAACGGGGGGAAGGUAUACAAGGACAACCUGUGCAUCAGCCAGCAGGCUUUUACUUUUGUCACGGUGAGGAGUGAACUGGGGACGUGCGGCAUCAAGAACAUCCAAAAGGAAACCAAACAUCUGAUCCUGGCCUGUGAGGUGCUGGAGAAUGAGUGUCUGCCGGUCCAUUUCGAGGGAAACCCUGAUAAUUUAAAACCAAAUAACAACGCCAGAGGCUGCCAGGAGACGCGCGCUCCUAAUCACGCAUCCAGCUUUAAAAUGUCGUGGCUGUGGUUGCUGUCUGUUCCUCUUGUUUUUACUUAUGGCUACUGACUUUUUUAAUUUGAGGAAUUGGAUGUGACAUUUCGCCUUUUUUUUUUUUUUUUAUCAGAGAAUGGUUUGCUUUUGAAAAGUGCAGUAUUUGAAAAGUGUAGUAUUGAAUCACCAGCAUAUCAGGGGAAGAAUUUAAAAUAAUGAAAUAAUUAUUUGUGUAUGAAAAGUUCCUGCUACUAUAUGCAUGUGCCUGUGUGAGUGUGUGUUUUCUUGUGUGAAUGCAUCUCAGAUGUUGAGAGAGUUGGUGCUCUAAUGGCAGUUCAAUUCAUUUAAAGUCAAAGACCCGAUGCUGAAUUCAAACCAUUUUCAGUAUUGCAUGUUUUUUUACAUUUAAACUUGCCAUACAAAAAGGGAUUUUAUUGCAUUUAAUAAAAAAAGGUUUGCCUACAGUAAC